AGAAUCGUGUUGAUUUUCGUGAAUGCUUGAUAAUUUCGUGAUCGAAGUAUGAAUUAAGUUUGCACGUAAAUGUUUGUGUAAUGUGUGUGUGAAAUUUUAAAAUUAGUUUUUUAAUGAAUUGCCGUUCGUCUGUUUGAUUACGUAUGUCGAAACAUGGGGAGCGCAGGCAACAAUACCACAUUAUAUGAAGUUUUGUCUACCGAACUUAUACUUCAAAGAGACACAUUGAUUACAGAUAUCUGGCCCAUACACAAAUGCUUAGAUCGCAACAUAAUUAAUGACACGUCGAACGAUGAACUAACGAAUAAAAUAUUUAUCAACAAUGGAACAUACAUAAUGUGUUUGGAACACGCUCCUAUCAUGACAAAGAGCACCGUAAUACGCGCCAGCAUACUCUCUGUGAUGGCUUUGUUAUCUUUCGUAGGGAAUUUCGCGACGAUGAUAAGCGUACAAAAGGGCAAGCGGGGCCGAAGACGAACGAGGCCUUCUUGGACUGCAAUAUACAGCCUUAUAUUUCAACUAAGCAUAGCCGAUUUGUUAGUAACAGUAUUUUGCAUAGCGGGGGAAGCGGGGUGGUCGUUUUCAGUGCAGUGGUACGCGGGGAAUUUAGGAUGCAAAUUGUUUAAAUUCCUACAAAUGUUCUCGUUGUAUUUAAGCACUUUUAUUCUUGUUCUAAUUGGCGUUGAUAGAUGGUUAGCUGUCAAGUAUCCAAUGAAGAGUAUGGCUACUGCUACUAGAAGCACCAAAUUAGUUCUAAUUGCGUGGAUUUUGAGCUUCUUAUUUAGCUUACCACAAACCGUGGUGUUCAGUGUAGCAAAAGGUCCAUUUGUAGAAGAGUUCUACCAAUGCGUGACCCAUGGUUUUUAUACGGAAAGGUGGCAGGAGCAGGCAUAUACCACACUAUCACUUGUAUUUAUGUUUCUUCUACCACUUUUAAUAUUACUCAGUACCUACGUGUCUACUGUAAGAACUAUUGCAAAAAGCGAAAAAGUAUUUCAACCAGAGACAAGGCGAGAAAAAUAUAUAACUCCAGAUAUGAAUAGGCGAAGACUUAUCGAUAGAGCGAAAAUGAAAUCGUUACGAAUGUCUAUCGUUAUAGUAGCUGCAUUUGUGAUAUGGUGGACCCCAUAUUAUGUUAUGAUGAUAACAUUUACAUUCUCAAAUCCCGAUAAACGUUUAAGUGAGGAGCUACUGUCAGGGAUAUUCUUCUUUGGAAUGUCCAAUAGCUUAGUGAAUCCCGUUAUUUAUGGAGCUUUUCACUUAUGGCCCAGAAAACGCGCUCGACAUAGUGAUAAGGAAUCUGGCGGACCCCACGCAUCAUUAUUCCGUCGAGGUGACCUCACCUCAUCUGUCAGACUGACCACCAUCAGAUCGUUGAGAUCAUCAGCCAAAUAUACUAACGGACAAAACAAUAUGAGUGUUUUAUAACAAAAUAUGAAGAGAAAUUGGACUACUAUUUGUGAAGAAAGUACAAAUUAAUUCGUAUCUUUUUUUUACAAAUAAGUAAAAUUAAAGGUUGAGUACAGAAUUUAUUUUCACGAAAAAUAUCAUUUGUUUCAUACGACAAUCGAAAUAGUGUCUAGUCAGUAAGAGAAUGAGGACUCUAGUUGAUUGAUGUCAAAAAGUGUUCUAUCGUAUCACAUCUCGUUAAGCUAGUCAAUACAUUACGAAAUAGUUAUGCUCGACAAGGAAGUUACUAAAAACAUAUGAAAACUUAUUAUUAUACGGAAUGUACGGCAGUACUAUUUGUAUAGCUACCAUACAGUUUAAAUAUGUAGAAGAAUCCAGAACAAUUUAAUUCAAAUACAAGCGAAUCACUGUAAAAGUAUAUUUUUUGUCUUACCUAGCGAGCGUCAGAUUGUUGCAUUUUAUUUAAUUUUGAUGUAUAACUAAUAUAUUAGUACGGAAAACAUUGAUGCCGUAGCAAUAUUGACAAUCGCAGUAAAUGAAAAUCAGAAUUACCAUAACAAUGUGUAUGUCAUACAAAUAUUUUUACGUGUGACGCAUAUUUGUUUCGGUACAUUUUGUGACACAAGUUAAUUCAAGUUUUAACUAAUGUUAUAUAGUAAAAUGUUUCACAAUUUUAUUGUUAUAAUGUUAUAUAACGAUUGUAUCUUUAAACGUAAUGUAAAUAUUGUGGUUCAAUUCAACCAUUUCCUACUGUCGACCACAUCUUGAAAUGAUUAAUCCGAAUGGGCUACAACAUACAUGUAAAUAGAAAGAUUGAUCCUAACUGUAAAAAGUCAAGACGUAACAUCUUCAUAAUAUAAAUUUAUAGCAUGUUCGAUGUUUUGAAACAAAAUGUUUAUGAAAAACUAUUUAUGUUUGACAUUUCAUACAUAAUAAUAUAAACGCAUAUUCGUAUCUCAUUGUGAAUUAAUAUUCUGAAGUAAACAGAACAAAAUGUAUGUUGUAUAUUACUA